UUGGUUCCUGUUUAGUUGACUAUCCCCCCUGGAGCUCCACUAGACUCCGAUAUCAAAAUCUAAGUAUUUUAGCGGAGACGUAUGACUUCUACGGUAGCGAUUUAAUGCCUCAACCUGUACAGCUGCCUAUGUAUGCUCCCUACCCAGCAAUCACAAGCUCUUUGUUUCUGCAGCUACCAUGAGUAAGUAUACAGCCGAUGCCGGAGCUCUUUGCUCGUCCACUUGGCUACGUUUCUGACACCCGUACAAUACCCGGAUUAUACCAUACAAACAUGCAUGCAACGGUGGUCUGUUUUCUCAGCCCGAAUCCGCCGCAUAAUCCAGGCUUGGAGAGGUACUUGUAUCUGCACGCAUAACGGUUGAGCUAUGCGUCUAUGUAUAACGAGGUUUCAAACUGCGAUGCAUACGGUUUCUGGAGUUGUCUAUCGGCCUACGCUUCUCUUCUCUGUGCCCGGUAUGUCGUCAUCGCAACUCCGAUACCGGCUCAAAUCUUGGAUCAAAUAGGCACCAUCGACACGUAUGCUGUAUGGUAUACUGAGUAGCCUGUAAUUCCCAUAUAGUCAGCAUACGUUAACUUUAUUGCAGAAAAGUCAGAGUGCGACUCGAAUAACAGCCCUGGUCGUUACAAAUGAAUAGUAUAGUG